GUGAAGAGGCAUGAUCUAAACGUUUAUCUCUACGUUUCACCUGAGAUAAAUACCAAAAAUUGUUCUAUUAGUCUUACAAUCGACUACACGUACGUAACUACGUUAUGAGUGUGUUAAAAAUAGUGGCCCUUUUCGCUACAUUACUUCACAGUUUAAUUGAAGCUGAAGUUAUUUAUAAUAGUAGUUCUGCAGCCAAAGACGAUUGGUGGAAAUAUGCAACAUACUAUCAGAUUUAUCCUAGAUCAUUCAAAGACAGUGAUGACGAUGGAAUGGGAGACUUGAAAGGUAUUACCAGUAAAUUACAACAUCUGGUAAAUGCUGGAGUAACGGCUGCAUGGCUUUCGCCAAUUUUCAAAUCUCCUGGGAUCGACGGUGGUUAUGAUGUUAGCGAUUUUAGAGAUAUCGAUGAAAAAUUCGGAACUAUGAGUGAUUUUGAGCAGCUUAUUAAGACAGCUCAUGAACUCGGUCUGAAAAUUAUUUUAGAUUAUGUUCCCAAUCAUACCAGCGAUCAACACGUGUGGUUUCAGUUGUCCAAAAAUAAAACUGCGGGGUACGAAGAUUAUUACAUUUGGAAGAAAAGCUAUAAUUCAACAACACCCCCCAACAACUGGAAGCAAAUAACUCAAUUGAAUGAAAUUCUCCUGUCUGAUAAGUUAUUAUUGCUCCCAUUUACUCUAAAUAUUAUAAGAGGAAAUACUAGGGUGCUCAUGUCCGAGGGAUACACAGAUAUAAACAACACUAUGAAGUAUUAUGGCAAUGACACAGUUGAUGGAGCACAUUUUCCUUUCAAUUUCUUUAUUAUAACCCAAACAUCAUUAAACAGUACUGCCAAGGAGAUCAUUUCAGCAAUUAAGUUAUGGUUUCAACAUAUGCCAAGCAAAUGUGUUGCUAAUUGGGUGUUGGGUAAUCAUGAUAGAGAUAGAGUAGCCACCCGCCUUGGGCUUGAGAAUGUGGACGGAUAUAAUAUGCUAACGGCCUUUCUGCCAGGUGCACUUGUCACUUAUUACGGAGAAGAAAUUGGGAUGGAAAAUGGAGAGGUAACAUGGGAAGAAGGACAAGAUCCAGGCGCUUGCAAUGGACUCGAAUCAGAUUUCAACAGUGAAAGCAGAGAUUUUGAGAGGACUCCGUUCCAUUGGGACUCCAGUGUUAACGCAGGAUUUAGCACGGGAAAUAAAACCUGGUUGCCCGUCAGUUCAAAAUAUAAAACCAACAAUCUUGAACUGCAAAGUAAAGAUGGAGUAAAAAGUCACUUUCAUGUCUACCAAGAUUUAAUGAAGUUAAGAAAAGAAGAUACAUUAAUUUAUGGAAAUUUGAACGUAGAGGUUUUAGCCACUUACGUUUUGGCAUUUACGAGGGAGUUGGAUGGGAACGACACCUACGUUUUUAUAUUUAAUAAGGGAAAUUAUUCUACUUCAGUGUCACUUUCUUCGUUUAAGUCUCUCAGUGGAAACGUAACAGUAGUUCUAUCCAGUACCAACUCAUCGAGAAACAAAGGGGAUACUCUGUCAACAGCAAGCAUAAUUAUGGAUGCACACGAAGCAAUAAUUGCAAAAUCACGAUCAAAUGUGUCAGUAUGUUGGAACAUCUAUACUAUUCUGUUAAUAAUGGUAUUACUAUUUCGAAUUUCCUAACAGGACAUUAAUGAACUUUUUAUCUGUUAUGUUAAAA